UAUUCAUUAAGUUUGGUCACAGGUUUCCUGGAGCGUUGCUUGUUUGGUGCAUGCCAUAAGAUGUGGAGGUGUUCAAUGAGUGGAAGGAAAUGGAAGAAACAAAGUAAUCCCUAGAGGACAGAUGGGGGGUGGCAUGAGCCGACAGAGUAGCUAGACACACAAAGGGCAGGGAAGGGCACUGUGACUAGUACUAAAAAACUAGCAGUAGCUGUAUCAUCCAAAUGGAUGGAUGUAUGUUCACUUCCCCACUGCAACUUUAGAUGAAGAGUAAUGUGGCACUUCCCUCCAAGUGUGGAUUCCACGUGGAGGAAGCAUGGCAUUGGCAAUUUGGCCUGGCCAACACAACAAGAGAGAGGAAUGGAAGCAAAAGAAAGCUGAACCAAAGUACCCCAACUGACCAGGCCAGGAUCAAAUAAAACAACUCACUUGACUCCGACCCAUUGCAGGCAGGCAUGUUCUUCCUCCAUAAAAAAAAUAAGAUAAUCCUCCAUCAGCAACCUAACUACUACUCUCUGCUCUCUAGGUAACCUACCCUGCUCCCGGUUUAAUUAAUUUGGCUUUGCAUACAUACUAGUCGUCAAUAGCAUAAAUAAAAUAUAAUCCUGCAGCAGUUGAGCUCAGCAGCUCCCUCGCCCUCCAAAUAAAAGCCGCAUCACCUUCAUUGCUUGCUUGCCCAACGCCUCUAUUCCAUCUAUCUAUAGCUAGCUACCUCCUCGAUUUCCAUCUUAAUUCCUCUCACCACAGCCACAAGUGCAUGCCAUGGUGAAGAAGAAGCAGCAGCUUCCUGUUGGUGGCCUCACCUCUCUCUUCAGCAGCAGCAAUAAGCAGCCGUCCCACUCCUCCUCUUCGUCCAUGUCGUCCUUCUCCUCCUCCUCCUCCUCCUCCGCGUGGCAAUGGGCCUCCUGCGGCCUGCACCCAAGAACUCUCUCCUUCAGGCAGCAGCAGCAGGAGGAGGAAGUGGAGGAGGAGGAGGAUGACGCCAAUGGCCAUGGCUGCCAGAACCAGCAUGUUGACAAUGACAGCCAUAUGGCGCUGACGAAGCAGCAGCAGGCUUAUUAUUGCAAGACCAUCAACUCAUGCUUCUCCCCCAACUCCUUGGCCUCCAUUGACAGCUUCUCAUCAAUGGCGUCAUCCGAUGCUGCUGCCGAGGCAGAGGCCGUCAUCCGCGCGGUGCGCUCGGAUCGCCUCCUCUUCGAGCCCGAGGAGGCGUCCUCUUUCAAGCCGAUCAUCAUCAAGGACACCACCACAAUGACCAUGAGCAAGCAGCAGGCGGCGUUCGGUGGCGCCACGGCCAUGUCGGUGGAGUCCCAGAACCCGUACCGCGACUUCCGGGAGUCGAUGGAGGCCAUGGUGAUUAGCCAGGGGGGCGUCAGGGACUGGUGCUGGCUGGAGGAGAUGCUGGGGUGGUACCUGAGGGCAAACGGCAAGAGCACGCACGAGCUCAUCGUCGGCGCCUUCGUGGACCUGCUCGUGGCGCUCAGCACCGCCACCUCACCUACAGAUUCGUCGUCGUCCCCGGCCACCCCUGCUACUGAUAACUGCUCCUCAUCCACCGAUUGUUCUUGCUCUUGCUCCUCCUUGUAGUUUGAUACUUAGAUUAGAACGCAGCGUCCACGGAUGGAUGUGGAUGGAUCAGCGCGAGAGAGGAGGGCAUCGUUUUGAUUUCUUAGUGUUAGCUUCUGCAUCAUCAUCAUCAUCUAUCAUCGGUCAUCGCCCUGGCCAAGCACAAUCAAUGCAAGAGAUGGAGUUGAUCGUCGUCAAGGCCAGCUUGCUAUAGCCAUCCAUCUUAGGAAGCACGAAGCAGAGAGUUCUUGGGUGCAGGCCGCAGGAGGUUCUUCACUAGCAUCUGAUUUUUGCAAAUACUCAUUUCUAAAUCAAUGGAAUGUGAGGAUUAUUAGAGGCAAAUUCAUAUAUUCUUCUGUCUAGUCGGCUUUUACUGGUCGUUGGCCACUUUUAGCUUUUUUUCAGUCAAAUUAUUAAGACCAGAUCUGUGAUGACUCAGCAAAAUUUAAAUGUACGUCUCAUGCAGCAGAGUCAGAUUAAAGCAUACCCAACUACUACUUGCAGCUUGUUUGCACCUGCAAUAAUCAUAUCCAGCAUCAACAACAGUAGUGCUGGUCCACAGCAUCAACAACAGUAGUUUCAGGUACCCAUUGCCAUCCUACCUAAUGAUCUUUCAAGGUUCAACCGUGGUUUUGCCCUGCCUCCUACUUGAGGCUGUGUAGGAAUGGGAGCAAUACUCUGUCAUGGAUGGUUAUUGGUCCAAAUUAAAGUGGUGACAUGCUCUUCA